CCGGGACCUUAUUAGCUUCUAAACGCAUAAACGCAUUCACACUUCAUCUUUACAAGCUAUUAAGACAUCAUCUUGAAGACUAGGAAAACCCUGCUUACAAAAUGGCAAAGGGUUAUAGCGUCUUCGUCGGCCUUGCCAUUGUGGCCGCCUUGUGUGUCGCCGCGUGGUUCUUUUCGCCGAAGGGCGAGAAUCAGACCACAUGGCGCUCUUCCCUCAUCCUCGCUUUCAUCAGCUGCUACCUAAUGUGGUUCAUCACCUUCAUGGCGCAGCUUCACCCGCUGAUUGAACCGAGACGAUCUACUAUACGGGAAGGCUUCCAACACGAAUAAACUCCGAUUAUAUCACAUUGACCACGAAACGAACCUAUGCGAGGACGUAGCCCGACGGGUGUAGGAACCAUCAAGCGUGUAAGGAUUAGAAAGACGGACGCGGACAUAAGACAAAUCAGCAUCCGAUCCGAACGUGACAGAAAGAAGAAUGGAAGAUAAGCAUACUACUUGCUACGGAACGGAAGGGAGAGGAGAAUCACCGAGAUGAAGUGGAAUUGUACAAACAUCACCACCAUUGUUUACAUUGGUUUCGGCGUUCUGGAAGAUGGGAGGCCAUCAAUACUCAGCAGCUGAGCAGGCCAUGCGGCUAGAGAGUCUUUUUGCGCGCGCGUGUAUCCGGGAAUAUUAGGAGACAUAAUAAACGCAUUUCGAACAACUAUUCUGUUUC